AUGUCCUUGAUCAACUUGCUGCCAUUUUCCUGGCUUUGGCGUCGAGACGAACCUGACCCGGCGGUCACACCGGUCGCGCGACCCCCAUUCGACGAACUGCCCUUGAAUCCUAGCGAUCCCAAGGGGUCGGCAUGGGGCCUUUGGGGUCACGACGACGAGCUGGGCUGCUUGAAUCUGAUCACGCCGGAAGUGGUUCGCGCCGCGGUGUCGGAAGUCGAGCAUGGCCGGGUGAUCAAUCUCAACCUCCCGCUAAAUGUCCCACGCAAACCCAUGAAUCCGCGCCGAAAGCCAUGUGUGCACACGUUGAUUGCUAAGGGCCAUGCGAAUGAUGACGAGUUGAACAUGAACACUCAGAGUUCCAGUCAUUGGGACGGUCUUCGGCAUUUUCCCUACUCCCAGACGAAACAAUUCUACAACGGCGUGAACCAGGAUGACAUCGCUUCGACCGACAAGAUCGGGAUUCAGAACAUUGCUACAAAUCCUAUUACUACGCGGGGCGUCCUACUCGACUGGUCCUCGUACGCGCAGCAGGAAAGACUUCCACAUUCCCCAUUCACCAACCAAGCCAUCCCCUUAGGUCAGCUGCAGGAGAUUGCCCGCCGACAAGGAGUUCGCUUUCGUCGAGGGGACAUCCUCAUCAUCCGCACCGGGUGGACUGCGGCGUACAGGCAGCUCAGCGACGAGGAGCAAGACCGGCUCGGGGGGCGCGACGAUCGGGCAUCGUGCGGUGUCGAGGCGACGGAGGAGGCGAUCCGCUGGCAUUGGGACCAGGGCUUUGCGGCAGUCGCCAGUGACACCGUGGCGUACGAGGCGUGGCCGUCGCCGAAGCCAUGGGGAGUGACCAUGCAUGAGGUCUUCCUCAGCGGAUGGGGAAUGCCGAUCGGCGAGUGCUGGGACCUGGAAGAGCUGGCAGAGACGUGCCGGAAACUGGGCCGUUGGACCUUUCUCUUGACGAGUCAGCCUCUAUAUAUACCGGGGGGAGUGGCUAGUCCCGCCAAUGCUACGGCGGUGUUUUGA